AUGGUGAGAAAAGCUGUUUACUUUUAUGGCAUUGCGCCAUGUACCGGAGGCUUAGCCUUUGGAUAUGACACGGGCUCAAUGAGCGGCAUCUUGGCAAUGCCACAGUUCUUAAACUACUUUAAACAUCCAAGCAACUUUCGUCAAGGAGGAAUCACGGCGUCCAUCUUGGCGGGAGCCUUUGCGGGCUCCCUCUUGACGGGCGCUUUUCUUGCAGACAGGCUGGGCCGAAGGAAGACGAUCUUGCUGGGCUCUGCGAUUUUCACGAUUGGCUGUGCAAUUUCUGCGGCGGCGAAUAAUGUCGAGGCUCUUGUUGCGGGGAGAGUCAUUAAUGGACUUGGAAAUGGAUGCUUGACGAUGAUGGUUACCAUGUACCAAAGCGAGAUUGCGCCGAGAGAAAUUCGCGGUCGUAUCAUCAGUGUUUUCCAGUGUUUUGUCAACUUUGGCAUUCUCAUCGCGUUUUGGAUUCAAUUCGGAACAAGCCAUAUUAACGGUAGCGCAUCUUGGAGACUUCCAAUGGGGCUACAGAUGAUUGCUACAAUAACUCUGCACAUCACUAUGUGGUUCAUGCCCGAAUCGCCGAGAUGGCUUGUCCAAAAGGACAGACAGGAAGAGGCGCUGCAGGUGCUUGCACAGGUUCACGCCGGAGGGGAUAUCAAUGAUGCUUAUGUACAAGCUGAGCUGGCAGAGAUUGUGGCCAAGAUUUCCUUUGAGAAGAAUCAUCCGCCGCCAAGCUACUUUGAUAUGCUUAUUGGAACGCAUAGGCGCCGUAUGUGGAUCGGUAUUGGUGUUCAAUUCUGGCAAUCGAUGACGGGCAUUAAUGUUAUCAUGUAUUACGCGGUAUUCCUCUUCCAGCAAGCUGGCCUUGGCGCGACUUCUUCAUCUCUCUUGGCAAACGGACUUCAGGGCGUUGUUCUCAACGUCUUUACUUAUCCAAACAUGUACUAUAUUGACAAAUGGGGUCGAAGAUGGCCCAUGAUCAUCGGCGGAGUUGGGAUGGGCAUCUCGAUGAUGAUUAUUGGCAUCCUCAUGAAAACAGAGGGUAAUCCCGUCUUCGACACGCUCACUCAAAAGACGAAUUUCGACUUCACAAAUGCCGCUGCAUCGCGCACGAUUAUUGCUUUUGUAUAUGUUUAUGUUGCAGUGUUUGCAAUCACGUGGGCUUGCGUCGCUUGGGUGUAUCCUCCCGAGAUAUUUAGCAUGAGUAUGCGUGGGCGCGCCACGUCCAUGACGACUGCUACGAACUGGUUUGUCAAUUUCUGGUUUGCUUUGUAUAUCCCUACCGCGAUGGCAAAGAUCAGCUGGAAGCUAUACAUCAUAUUCAUGGCCCUAUGCUACCUCAUGAGCAUCGUUGUAUUCCUCUUCUACCCUGAGUCUGCUGGGAAAAUGCUUGAAGAAAUGGACUUUUUGUUCACAAAGGGGCGUUCUCCAUGGACGUUUCUCGAUCGCGAGGCUACUAAGAUUGGGGCGCUGUUCAAUAGAGAUCUUGAGCACGGCGAGGCGCUUACUGUAUUUGAUGAAGAUGGUAUUAUUUCAAAGGAUAAGAUUAACCAAGUGGAGGAUGUGGUUGAGGCUGGUGGUGGGCACGAGAAGGAGUAG